AUGGUCACCAAUAAAUCACUACUGCAGUGCAAAGACAUAUUCGAAAAGAAGGAAUAUAGCAACGAGGAAAAAGUAGAGAUUUUGAAUCAAUUACUGAAUGGAUGUAACAAGCAAGAUGAAAAAACAAAACAUUAUGCUAGUAGAGCACUUGUCCACUUUAAUAUGCGAAAAUGGAAUGAAGCAUUGGUAGACAUAUCUGAAGUCGAAAAGUGCCAUCUACUCAAUGGAACCUUAUCCAUUAUCAAACAAAAAUCGUCUAUUCAAUUAUAUAUGCAUCGUGUUCGUAGAUCGAUUAUAAAUACCAUCCAUUUAGAUGUUGUGGACAAUAUAGAUGAUCAUGUACAUUUAUUGAAUUCGAUAAAUGAAGCAUCAAUUGAUAAUUUGAUUGAUGACAAAAAGAUGAACACACCAAAUACGUCUAAACGAAAAAAAACAGAAAAAAAUUUGUAA